UCAUAGCCCACAACAUCACGACUCACUCAAUCCAUGCCAAACGACUCGAUGCCCUCCGACGAGCGCUAGCCCUCUGCUCCAAUGCACCCGGUCGUGUCUCUAAUUGCCGAGAAUGUCGUCAAAUACCACCAACUGUUCGCUCCGCUGCUGUUCAGCAUCGUCGCAGCUGUCGCAAACGUCCAUUCCCCCGUCCAACACUCGCUGCUCGUGACUGCCGUGUCAUGGCUGCUAAUAUGGAUGCCCAUCAUAUUCCGAGUAGGGAUUUAUUCGAAGAGUGGCAGCCAAAAAAGGAAGACAAGCUGGCUCGCAGGUGCAUUCUUAGGUCUGUCCCAGAUAUGUGACAGAGCUGCUUGCGACAAGGAGGGGAUCUGGGCGACAAAGGCUUUCGUCCCGCUCUUCGCUGUUCUCAUCUCCCAAAACGAGUUACUAGCAAAGCACAUCGCAUUGCCUUCACACACACUUCUCGAUGACCCCGCGGCAAAGACCACCACCCCUCCUGAGACCCACGCGUAUACUGGCUCGUACCGAAUAUUGGCUGCCCUCAUCGUCUCUGCGAGUGCUGUCCUCGCCACCUACGUUGCGCCUACAACCUCCGCUCUCGGUUUCAGCAGUGCCAUGUUUGCGGCAACCGGCCUGGUGCUAUUCGAGGCGGCCAUGAAAAGUGCGGAAGAUGAUGGCGAGAACAACACACGCGGGUUGGUAUCUGCAAAUGGGUCCUUCUCACGCCGAAAUUCGGUAGGCGGCGCCCAAAGAGAACAACAGCUAGCAGUUCUGAGAGAUGUUGCGGCUACCAUUACGACAGCAUGCGGCAUUGCAUCCUAUCUAAUAGAGCCUUCCAUGAUUGCAAACAUGAUCUCCUGGGAGCCAGUUUACAGAUCUUAUGGCCGGGACUGGAGAACUGUACACAACUACCGGGUUCUGCAGCAGGUUCUGUGGAUGAUACCUAUAAACGUCACUGUGAAUGUCCUUACUUUCAUCAUGCUUUUCCAGCAAGGCGCUGUACAUACAUCCCUUUUAUCAUUAUUUUCAUACACAUGCGCGAAGCUGCAUUUCACACCUUCAUUUUCGGGUAUAUGGUUCACCAUUAUAUACGGCUCAUCGGCGCUUCUUAAUUCAUUCGGGUCGUCAUUUUCUGUCUCUGUUUCCGAUAUACGGACUUCUAUACGGAUUAGACGCAUCGUGUUUGGAGUCACGACGCUUUCGAUUGGAGUUUUGCUGUUCCGUUACGCAUAUGGAGCACGCUACUACCGAUACUCCCUGGAUACUUCUCUCGCCUUCCCUAGUGUCCCUCCGCCGUCGCCCUUUGAUCCCAUGCAGGUCGACCUUAGCAAAGGACAUCCAGCCGCUCAGUUGAUCAAUGCUGCGGAGACCGACUUUCAGAAUACCCUGAGUCGGCAAUCGAAAUCUCUUGCUGAUGCUGUUCGGGAGUAUCGCCGGAGACACGGAAUAGCGCCACCUCCACGUUUCGAAAAAUGGUACGAGUUUGCCACCCGCAAUAGUGUAGUGAUGAUCGAUGAGUUUGAUACAAUAAAUCAAAUGCUACUUCCAUUCUGGGCACUCAAGCCGGCGACAAUUCGAUCACGUAUCACCAACGCGCUUGGCCACGAAGACAGUGCUUUGAUUGCAGUAGCCAUACGAAACGGGGCGGUGGAGCAUUUGGAGAAUGGUGAUGAAUGGCAACAACAAGCCACUGCUGGUAUGAUGAAGGACUUCGUGGAAUACCUACCCGAUAUGGACCUCGGCUUCAAUAUCCACGAUGAGCCUCGAGUGGUCGUACCCACCAAUCUCUUGGCUUCUAUGAUUUCCAAAGCAAGAGACGAAGUUCUACCGCGUGCUGCAAAGAUUGCUACACCUCGGAACUCUUUUUCAGCCCGCCCCACGGAGAUGAACGACGGUAAACGCUUCGCCGAAACAAGUACUACCAAGUUCAAUAGGUUUGCGCAUCAGCAGACGUGGACACACUCCCGACUAUCAUGUCCUGCCAACACCCAAUCGCAGACAUUUGAAGAUUACGCGGCCGACAAUCUUACAGCUUUUUCCGCCAGUCCACUUGGCUACCUCUACAAUGUGACCGCUUUCUCUGACAUCUGCAACUCGCCCUCUCUCUCAUCAACUUUCGGUUUCUUCGAGCGACCGAACACCUUCAACAUCAUCCACGAGCUCACGCCCGUCUUCUCACAGUCCAAGAUUUCUAGCUUCCAAGAUCUUCUUUACCCUAGCCCGUGGUACUGGAUCGGCAAGGUGGGCUACAAUGAGAGUCAUGACACAAACUGGGAGAACAAGACCAACAGUCUCUAUUGGCGCGGUUCCACCACAGGUGGCUUCAGUCGCAAUGGCGGCUGGAGACGUCAGCAUCGUCAACAUAUCGUUCGCCGCCUCAACGCUCCUGACAAAGCACAGAUUGUUGUGCCUGCUCUCGAAUCCGCCGAUGUUCACGCCGAUCAGACAGCCUACUCUCUUGUAGACAUCGACCGUAGAUCUCACAAACACCUCAUCGACGUCAAAUUUAGCCACGUCGGCCAGUGUGACCCCGGCGACUGCGAAGCACAAAAGGAAUUCUUCCAAGUCACGGAUCGCGUUGACGGCCAAAAUGCCUGGUACAACAAGCACUUGCUCGAUAUGGACGGUAAUGCGUUCUCUGGACGCUUCUACAGCUUUCUCAAGAGUCGUAGUCUGACGUAUAAGAUGGCUGUCUUCCGCGAAUGGCAUUCAGAGUGGCUACGCCCGUGGGUGCAUUACAUACCCCUCAGUUUGAGAGGUGAUGAACAUCUAGAUCUGAUCAAGUGGUUUGGUGGCGAUCAUUCCACUGCGGAAAAGAGCCCCCCGAAGACAGAGAAGAUACCAGACAAGGGCGGAAAUGGUGAUUCGCUAGGUGAGCGCAAAGCGAGAGAGAUUGCUCAACGAAGUACGGAGUGGCAUGAUAAGGUACUACGGAAUGUGGACUUUGAAGUAUGGCUCUUUAGGUUGUUGCUUGAAUAUGGCAGAGUCGUUGACGACAAUAGAGAGGAGAUAGGGUAUCCCGGACCGUAACAAUCCGAGCCUUUUGUACAGUGGCUUCCUAGCCUGAUUGUAUAUGGUGGUUUAGACUCAUGUAGCAAUACUGGUAUAUAUGGUGAGGUGUUCACCUAAGACAAUUACUUUCCAAAGCACUAUCACUCGCACUGGUGAUCACUCAUAACCUCCCUUGCUUCAUCAACGCUCCCUAGCGUUUCGUAUCCUUAUACUGAUAGUCCGCUAACGCAUCUACCAUCUAAUCUACAUGCCCCGUGGCCAUGCACAGAGUAGACAUGGGGAGCUUGUAAGCAGCAGUAGGAAAUGUUUGAGGGGCCUACAAAAGAACAAGCCAGAUUCCAGUGUCCAUCCCAAUCCCGAUCUUCUUGUCAUUCCCAACAUAUCAAAUCUAGCCCUCCAACACGUAGAGCCUGC